GUUCGAAGCACUGUAGACGGUUACCUAUUACUACCUAGUUCUUUAUUUCAUUAAGUAUCAACCAUCAUCCAGCUUUCUUAUUAAACCUCUUGUUUGAUCUAUUACAUAUAUAUAUAUAUACAUUUCUUUAUUUGGUGUUGAGAAAGAAAACGACUAUAAGGGAAUGUCUAUAAGAUCAGUUAGAAGAUUUGUUGGUAUAAUUAUACAUGUAGAUUACUGCUACGCUUGACCAUCUUAUGGAACAAGAUUUUCCGAAUUAAAAAUUAUGCUUGUGGAUAAAUUCCCGGGAAUACACGUUAAGCACUCUUUUGGCUCCUCUCAAGACACUUUUGAAGUGUUUGUUAACGGCAAUCUCAUUUACUCUAAUGUGCAUAAAGAACAAAAGGGUUUACCAGAAAUCGAAGAGAUUAUUGACAUUGUAGAAGAGGAGAUUCGAAGAUUAACAGUUCAAUCAACUGGUAGAAGAAGGAGUAGUGCUUGCUUUAUUCUCUAACAGAAGGAAGCAAAGGAAUAUGAGAUAAGGUGUGUUGCUUUUGAAAUUAUGACGGUCGGGAUGGAAAUUCUGAACAGAGGCGUCACGACCUGACGUCACUUCAGCAGCCUAUCUUAUCACUAAUAUUUAUUUGGCAAUUAUCCAAACUGGAGCCUUUCAACUGAUUACUAUAUGAGAGAGCAGGGAAAAAGGAUAGUGUGUAAUCCCUUCUCUUCUAGUUAUACAUGCUUUAUGUGAGUGAGAUGUGUAUGCUUUAUUUGGAGUAGUGCCUAAUAAUUCUUCUUUUUUGGUUAUAAUCACGCAGAAAUGUUUCCAAGAACGCGAAACAAUAUUCUAACUAAAUGUCUUAAUCGCCUUUUAAGUAAAAAAUACAGAAUUUCCCUGCAAUUUAUCAGUUAUUUCUCUUUUUUGCUUAGAAAAUGUCAAUAAAAGUAUUCUUUUAGAUAAACCAUUUAUAAGUUUUACGAAAAGGUGACAAGAGGAAAAUCAAUAUGGACUAGUUUUUAACCUCACUAAUUAAAAGAAUACCUAUUAAGCAAAUCAAAUAGCAUCUAGGGAAAUAUAGAAACAAUAUUACAAGUUCAACAUUCAAUUUUAAAUAAAAAAUUAAACGCCGACCGUAACUAUAGAAUUCGAUUAAGCGUAUCUUUAUCAUAUACACAGCAGGUUGUACUAAUAUAUUAUUAUCAUUUUAUGUUCUAUAAUAUACUACUACAAGUUAUCAAACACCUUUCUCUGAAAGAAAGAAGAAAUCAGGAUUUUUUUAUCAUUUGUCUUUUAUAGCGAAGUAUGCAUUUUCUUUAGUUUAUCUCUUCAAGAAAAAAUUAAAGGAAUAGUAGAACAAAAAUAAAACACAAACUUAAGUUUAAACAUCUUUUUCAUAGGGAACAAAAAACAACUUUUUAGAUGUGUUAGCGAGAUUUUUUGGAGGAGAAAACAGAAUAAAAAUAGCAUAAAACUUUCUAAUGAGAAGGAAGGUAGGGUAGGGGUGAGGAGGAGCACUUCAUUGGAACGAUAAAUUAUUCAAGUUGAUUAUGAUUAAUAGAAUGACUUACGCACAUUUACAAAUAUCUAUGUGUAGUAAUUUGUAAGGCUAAUACAUAAAUAAGCCGCUUUUAAUAAUCAUGAUACAAAUGAUGAAUAUAAUAGGAUUAAUAAAUCCUCUCCGCUGGAGUUUUAUAAAUAAAGAUAUAUUUUUUGAGAUUGUUUUCAGCUUGUUUCAGCUCCUGAUGCUGAAGUAUAAGUCGUUGAUAGAGCUGCCGUUCGUUCGAAAUCUAUGGUCGCGUAGCCUUCAGUCAAUUGAUUAGAACCACAACUUUUUGGUGAGGCUGGCGUUGAUGGCUGGGUCGCUUCUGGCGUAUUGUUCAAGUCAAGUUCGAUAUAUUGAAGAGCAGUUGUCGAUAUCGGUGCAGGGGUUGAAACAUUUGUAUAAGUCGUUCUACUGGCUGGCACACUAGUAUUGACGUUGACGUAUUGUCCCCUUUCGUCCUCUGAUAAUUGAGAAUAUGAUACUCUGCCACUUUCCGUUGUUGCGGUCAUCGUAUUCACAUAAUUGUGGGCUGUCGUGCCUCCUCCAUCUUCACCAUUUCUAUCAAUGUCAUGCUCAUCCAGACCACCGUUUCGUAGUUCAACAGCUGCACCCGCUAAACCAUCAGAGUUUAUAGAUUCUUGCACUAAAUUAAAGAGACGCUCCGCUUCUUUACAUUUAAAUGCGUAAAUUCCAGCUCCAGUAGGUGACCUCCGUCCACAUUCGAAAGAAAACAUAUUCGAUUGAUAGCCAUAUCUUCUUAAGCACCUUAGAGGCCAGUUCAUUUUUUCUCUAUGUUUCUGAUGUAGAACCAAUUCAUCGCCAGUUACUUCGAAACGUCCUUUAUGUUUUAAAGUUCCAUCUUGAUCCAGAUUGUAAACCUUAAAUAAGCUAUCAGAAGCACCCGGUUUGCCGUUGCUGCAGCCCAUCUGUAUGCAAAAAAGCGAACACCCGCCUUUAUUUAAUUAAUGCAACUCUGCAUACGCCAGUAGCUAUCAUUCGGCCAUGCAAUACCGGAUUGCAAGAAUUAUACUACAUGUUAUAUAUGCAAAAUCUAUACGUUGAUAAGAAUAGCUAAAAUCAUGAAUAUAUAUAUAUAUAUAUAUUUAAAAGCAUGCUUUUUUAGACUGUAGGUAGACGGACAAUAUGUUUAAUUAAAUACCUUAUAUUUCAAUAAAAUACAACUAUUUCUAGGUAUUAUCUGCUUAUAUAUGCAUAUAUCAAACCACAAAAUAUAAAACUAUUCAUAUGUAUUGCGCUACUGUUUAUAUUUAGUUAUAUAAAUAUGAGUUUCUAUACAAAUGAGUCCUGUGCUAAGUCUUAUUACUUCUGAUAAUAACUUCUAUUGGCGACACGUCAUUAGUAUUUUACCUUUCAAAAGUUAUAUUUGUUAAUUUUGAUAGAGAAUGUUAUGGAAAAAGUAGUCUAGAAAAUACAACAUCAUUCUAAAAGUAGUCGAAUAACCUCGUUAAGCUACGAAAAGCAGCAGACUGCUGUGCCAUUUACUAUAUCUCUUUUUUUCCUAUUCAUCCAACAUUUAGAUACCCUAGCAAGAGAGUAGGCGUUUCGCAUACAUUUUAUCUUUAAUACUAUCUCUCAGGCAGCUUUUACAGUUUUAUACAAUAGAUGAGAAUAAUUGUAAAGGAAAAACAUCUUCGGCAGACGUGACUGACAGAAUGAGAGUAAAAAAAUCACGAAGUCAUCAAUUUCCAUGAUGCUUAUCGGUUGUAUUUGUUAGAGUAGAUCCGUUGGAAUGCUUUACUAGAUGCUAUUUUAAGAAACUAUAAGUUAAACUUACGAUUUUCCAAUCGAAAAUCAAAUUUGCAGCGUUAGAAGCGCCAUGUUGUGUGACCUCUGAC